AUGUCUGAUGUCACUGUUGACUGGAUCGAUAAACACCAGCUGCAGCGUUUAGACGAGAUGCUGAUUAUUGUUGAUGAAAACGAUAAGGUCAUUGGUGCAGACACUAAGAGGAACUGCCAUCAGAAUAAAAACAUUGAGAAAGGGCUGCUGCACCGAGCCUUCAGUGUUGCUUUGUUCAACUCAGAGAAGAAAGUUCUGAUUCAGCGCCGAGCAGACACGAAGCUUACCUUCCCUGGGUACUUUAGUGAUUCCUGUUCUAGUCAUCCACUGAGUAAUCCUGAAGAAAUGGAGGAGAAGGACGCCUUGGGAGUGAAGAGGGCAGCCCUGAGACGGCUGCAGGCUGAGCUGGGCAUCGCCCAGGACCAGGUUUCUCUAGAGGACAUCGUGUUUAUGACAAGGUAUCAUUAUAAGGCAAAAUCUGAUGCAGUCUGGGGAGAACACGAAGUUUGUUACCUUCUGCUUAUCAAGAAAGACGUCAAGAUCUGUGCAGAUCCGAGUGAAGUCAGUAGCUUCAGCUACCUGACUCGAGAGGAACUGGAAGAGCUCCUAGAAAGGGGGGCCCGGGGUGAAGUCCAAGUCACCCCCUGGCUGAGAUUCGUCGUGGAGCAGUUCCUGUAUGCAUGGUGGCCUUACUUAGAUGAAGCGACCAAGUUCAUAGAGCUUGACAAGAUAUACAGAGUAUGAGGAACAGGAAAUCAGACACUGGCUGUGAGGAUGCCCCAGUCCAGCACUGAGCUCAGGGCAGACCCACAGCUCAGAUGUUAGCUAUGCACCCGGACCAAAACAGGGAAAGGACUCUUCUUUUCCAGAAAGCCAAAAAUCAUUAUCAUUAUCUCUGAAUCUUCUUUUCUUUUCUUUCUUGACACAGAGCUAUGUAUCCCAGACCAGCCUCAAACUUCUCGUGUAGCCAAGGAUGACUUUGAAUUUCUGAUCCUCCUGCCUAGACUUCCUCUGGCCCUUGGAUUCCAGGCACACACCAGCAUGCCUGCUCGGUGCUGGAGGCUGAACCUGCAGCUUCACGUACAGCGCGCAAACAUGCUACCAACAACCAAUCCCAUCCCGUGGUUUCUUGCCUUUUUCCCCCCAGUUGCUUCAUUUCUUUAUUUUCAACUGCCUCGGUGUGAGAAAGAAAUGCAUUGUUUUCCCCAAAUUAGAAACAGAGGAACUAAAGAAGAAAAGAUCCCCUAAAGAUAGAGUCGAUGUCAACGUUGUAAGAACUGAAGUUACACAACCACCGGAAGCAGCCCUUGAAUGGCAGGCAUGCCAGUCCUCUCAAAGGCCUGAGGCUUUGUGUGGAGGAAACCGUAAGAACAUUAAAUCCAGAAUAAUCUGUUAAGCACCCAAAUUUGGCAAGACUAGAGUACCUAGCUAAUACUUAACUUGUAUCCUGCUCUGACUUGCAGCCACUGGAUAGAUAACCUGUCCGCUGGGAGCCUCUGUCUUCACUGCUAUGCUAACUAUUUGUAUAGAACACAGUCACGCAGUCAAACUCAAAUCAGUUGGGUAAAUGAGUGAGCAGUCACUUAAAUAAAUAUACUUUUUAAAGUAGUUGAUUUGACAAAGUGUUUUGAUGUCCUCAAAAGAACACUUUGAACUCCAGUCUCUAGCCAGCUGUUUUGUUUUUCUUACGGAGGAGAGAACACCAUUUAUGAAAAAAAUAAUACGGAUUUUACUGUUGGAAGCGAUGCCCUUGAAGCCCUCCAUUGUUGAUGCUAUUAUUAUGGUUAGAAUUAAGUAUGACUGGGUUCAUGGAGAAUCCCCAGCGAGCUGCAGAGGACUAAUACAAAUCUGUGGUCAGGAUGAAUGAUACGAUAAAGCUCUCCUGCUGACUAAUAAUAUGACAAACCUGUGACCUUUCUGACAUCCUGUCAACAUCAGCCGACUCCCUGACCACACGAAUACUGUGUCCUUGGCCUACAUAAACGUUUCACAGUCCCCCCCCCCCCGCUCUGUUACUCAUGUUAUGGUAUAAAUUCAGCUUUGGGAAAAAUAUAAUUGUCGCCUUGAUCAGACUCUUGUCUUGGCGUCUUUCUUCGUGUCUCUUGUCCCCCAUUCUCUUCCAGGUACCCCCAACAACCUUUGCUUACAUUUUACAUCUUGCUAAAUUAAACCCUGUGUUUGUAAAG